AUGCCAUGUGAAGGCUGCAUGGAGAGGGACAAUAAGAGCACUGGUGCAACCAUGGAGUUCCUCCUUCUAGGCUUCUCCGAGCUUCUUGGCUUCUCUGAGCUUCUCCGUCUGCGGGUCCUCCUCUUCCUUAUCUUUCUCAUUAUCCAUUUGAUCACAUUGGCAGGGAAUAUGAUGAUCUUCAUGGCAGUAGUUACGGAGCCUUCCCAUCCUCCCAUGCUUUUCUUCCUCUGUCACUCUGUCAUCGAGCUCUGCUAUACCUUAGUCAUUGUCCCUAAAACACUCCUCAGCCUGAUAAUGGUGGAUGGCAGAACCAUCUCUUUCAUAGGCUGUGCUGCACAGAUCCACCUUUUCAUGGCACUUGGUGGGACUGAAUGCUUCCUCCUGGUAGCUAUGUCGUAUGACUGCUAUGUUGCCAUCUGUCAGCCACUUCACUACAUAGCUGUGAUGAGUGAGGAGUUCUGCCUCAGGCUGGCUGUGGCGUACUGUCUGGGAGGCUUUGCUGUUGCCCUGCGGUUGACAGUGGCUGUUUUCUGCUUACCUUACUGCCAGUUGCGUCAUAUCAACCAUUUCUUCUGUGAUGUCCCCGCUGUGCUACACCUGGCCUGUACACAGAGUUACACCCCUGAGCUGCCUUUGUUGGCUGCCUGUGUGCUCCUCCUGCUGCUCCCCUUCCUCCUAAUCCUGACCUCAUAUGUUUGCAUUGCUGCUGCUUUGUUACAUGUCACCUCCUCCGUGGGAAGGUGCAAGGCCUUUUCCACCUGCAUUUCACACUUGGCCAUCACCUUGCUACACUAUGGAUGUGCCACCUUCAUAUACAUUCGUCCUAAGACCAGUUACUCACCAGCUCGAGACAAGAUGGUAUGUCUGGUCUACACCAACAUCACUCCAUUACUGCAUUCCCUCAUUUACAGCCUGAGGAACAAGGAAAUCAGAGGGGUCCUCAAAAUGUUGAGGAGGAAGAAAACAGCUCAGCUGAACUGGGGUACUACCAGAGCUGUGAUAUGUGUGUGUGGUAAAUUUUAG